AUGCUUUUAUCCUCCACAUCUUCAUUUCUGCCUUGCUAUUCCCCCGCUUACUCUCCUCCACCUUCAUCUAAUCCUCUUCAUUCUGCGUUGCUAUUCAUACGCUUACUCUCCUCCACGCUUCAAUCGUUCUUCAUUAAUCCUCUUCAUUUUCUGCUUGCUAUUCGCCCGCUCCUCUCCUCCACGCCAUUCUCUUCAUUCUGCCUUGCUGUUAUGCUCCACUUCAUCUCUUCAUUCUGCCUUGCUAUUCGCCCGCUUACUCCUCCACGCUAUCUAAUUCUCUUAUUCAUUCCCCUGCUCUCCUGCUUCCAUUCUGCCUUGCUAUUCACUUACUCUCCUCCACGCUUCUCCAUCCUCUUCAUUCUGCCCCCUUACUCUCCUCCACUAUCUAAUCCUCUUCAUUUACCUUGCAAUUCCUUAAUCCUCUCUUCAUUCUGCCUUGCUAUUCGCCCCGCUUACUCUCCCUCCACCAUAUCUAAUCCUCUUCAUUCUGCCUUGCUAUUCGCCCGCUUACUCUCCUCCCGCUAUCUAAUCCUCUUCAUUCUGCCUUGCUAUUCCUUCGGCUUACCUCCUCCACGCCAUCCUCUUCAUUCUGCCUUCAUUCUGCCCCUCCACCAUAUCUCCUCUUCAUUCUGCCUUUAUUCGCCCUUCCUCCUCCACGCUAUCUAUAUCCUUCAUUCUGCCUUUGCUAUUGCCCGCUUACUCUCCACGCUAUCUAAUCCUCUUCAUUCUGCCUUGCUAUUCGCCCGCCGCUUACCUCCUCCACUAUCAUCUAACCUCUUCAUCUGGCCUUUACGUCUGCCAUUCUCCUCCACGCUAUCUAAUCCUCUUCAUUCUGCCUUGCUGCUAUUCGCCCGCUUACUCUCCUCACACUCUAAUCCCUCUUCUAUUUCUGCCUUGCCUAUUCGCCUUACUCACCUUUAUCUAAUCCUCUUCAUUCUGCCUUGCUAUUCGCCCGCUUACUCUCCUCGCCAUCUAAUCCUCUUCAUUCUGCCUUACUAUUCGCCCUUCUCUCCCCUUUCCAUUCUGCCUUUUCUCCCGUUCCUCUUCCAUUUCACCUUGCCUUGCGCAUUCGCCCGCUUACCUCUCUCCACGCCAUCUAAUGCUCUUCAUUCUGGCCUUACUAUUCGCCCGCACUUCCUCCACGCUAUCUAA